AACGAAAACAAAGGAAAGACGGAAGAAAUUGAAAGGUUGUCUAAUUGAUAAUUGCAAAAUAGCCAUGGCAGAUACUGAAAAGCUCACCAAGGGUAUUGAGUCAGCAACAGCUAUGCUGGAACAACUUGGAAAAGCAUUCGAGGAACUGGAAUCCCAGAGAGAGUCAUUUUUGCAAAACAAGAUCCAGUGGGAUGGCAUCAAAGAACAUUUCCACAACCUUGAGAGAUCAUUAAAGAAUAAGUGUGUUGAAUUAGAAGAGAAACAGAGGGUGUUCGAGGAAGAGCAAUCCAAGACUCGUGCAUUGAUUGCAGAAAGAGAGGCUGCCGUUGCUGCAAAAGAACAAGCUUCAUCAAAUAGCCUUCAGGAACUAAGAGAUAUCGCUGUUUCUGUCAUAGCAGAGGCACGCCAGAAAUACAAGGUGGCAUCUCCUGAGCCAGUUGACAUCAGGGGAAGCAAAGCAAAAAAGGUAAGCACAUCUCUCGAUGAUCCCAAUGCACCUCCUGCUCCAGAGGAGAAAAAUCCUGAUAAUGGAUCAGGUGAAUUAGCUGAAACUGGGAUUAAGCCCCGUCCUCAAUUGAAGCAACUUUGCGAACAGAUGGAUGCAAAAGGCCUUCUGAAAUUUAUUUCAGAAAAUCGGAAAAAUCUUGCCACCCUACGUGGGGAACUCUCUGCUGCAUUGAAAAAUGCAACUGAGCCAGCCCGUUUGGUGCUGGAUUCCUUGGAGGGAUUCUACCCUCUGGACCAAUCUAGUUUACAAGGGAAUGAAGAUAGUGCCCUACAGGGCCUGCGCAGAAGCUGUCUUGUAUUGAUGGAAUCUGCGGCCCCUCUGUUGGGGAUCGCUGAGCCAGGUGUUGAUCACCCUGUUAGCUCUGAAAUUAAGCAGCAGGCCAAGGCAAUUGCUGAUGAAUGGAAGCCCAAGUUGGCUGGUGUGGACAUAGAUGCUUCUAAUGGAUACUCAUUGGAAGCACAAGCAUUCCUACAGUUGCUUGCAACAUUUAGCAUUGCGCCAGAGUUUGAUGAAGACGAACUUUGCAAGCUCAUCAUUGCUGUCUCUCGUCGCAGACAGGCACCUGAGCUUUGCCACUCUCUUGGAUUAACACAAAAAAUGCCAGGUGUGGUUGCAGAUUUGGUUAACAGAGGGAGACAGAUUGAUGCUGUUCAUUUUGCACAUGCUUUCAAGCUUACAGAGAGCUUUCCACCCGUGCCUUUGUUGAUAGCUUACUUAGAGGACCUGAAAAAUGCAGAAAAAAAUGGAAAUGGGGAUGGGCAGAAGGAUCCCAAUGCUCAGGAGCUUGGUGCACUAAAGGCGGUCAUCAAGUGUAUUGAAGAGUACAAACUCCGGGAAGAAUACCCUAUUGAGCCUCUCCAGAAACGUGUCGCUCAGCUCGAGAAAGCUAAAUAUGAUAAGAAGAGAAUGGGGGAAGCUGUCAAGCUCCAAACAAAAAAGCCUCGAGAGACUGGAGGCUAUGCCCCUCGCAGGCCUGCUUUCGUUCCUGACAGCAGGCAGCUCCCACCUCCGGCUUUUGAUGAGAGGCGACUAUAUGCAGGUGCCGUAGAAAGGUACCCUGAGAGGUACCCUUACAAUGCACCACCCACUUAUGAGCCACCUGCGUUUGCUGCAUAUGGUCAGCAGUUAAAUGCCCGAGGGCCAUAUCAUUACCCAGAUGAGAGAUUCCCUGCUGUUCCGUAUGAUGCUGCAUCAAAUUAUUGGAGCUAUCCAGGCACUGGACUGCAGUCUGCUCCAAACAGCUAUGGUAAUUAUACGGGCACUGGAACCUCGUCUUCUUCAUCCAACUAUGGAGGCUAUACAGGUAGCGGAUUGUAGUCAUCUCACCAAUCUUAUGUAAUAUGAGCUUGAAUGACUGUAGUUUGCCCUCUGCUACUAAGUGAGCGUGUGAGAAUUUGGAGGAUGUAUUCAACUUCUGGCGAGUGAGCAAUCCUUUGUUUAGAUGGGUAACUUAAACUCUUUCCAUUUUAACCCAGAGUCCGUCCUAACUAUUAUGCUCGCUUGGUUACAGUUUUAUCAGUCUAUACUAUGUGUUGUGUCUUGAUCUCUGA